CUAGUCGCUUGUAGAAUCUAGUCAUAGAAAGACGUGCUUUGUUGAAAAAAGUUCGAAACAUUCGAAAUGUCUGGAUACAAAUUGAUUGGUGUCUUCCUACUGGUGGUGAUUUUCAAAUCAGUGGCCGCAUUGAUGUGCUAUCAAUGUUUCAAUGUUGAAAAAUGCGGAGGCGAUGAUAAGAAUACCAUCGUGCAAUGCAACAACCAAAGCGCUCUAGAAGUGGCGGUCAUAUCGGCUUUCUUCUUUCCCAAACUCAGCGAAUCUUUUACUGAUGACAAUAAGUUUCAAUGUGCGUCACUUGCGUUUACACCGACAGGAGCAACCAAUGCAUCCAUUAUGGUGAAGGGUUGCAUGUUCGAAACGAAGCAAACUUUGUGCCAACUGGAAACUGAUAUUCCCAAUGGAAACUUCAGCUGCCAUUCCUGCAAUACGAACAAAUGCAAUAGUGGUGUAACGUUGGGAUGGAGCUUCUUGUUGCUGAUGGUGGGAUUGGCUGCUACUAGGAUGGUUAAGUAG